AUGGUCGUCUCAAACAACAUCAACAACAACAACACCACCGUCGAUAUCACCGUGGAAAAGAACACAAGGAUCCAAUACCCCCAGGAGCGUUACUUCAUCGACCAGCCCAAUGCCCCCGGCUCAUACCUCGGACCCAUCGAUGCCACCAAGCCCAAUGCUGACAAGAUCCCCCUCGUCUUCCAGCCCUACACCGUCAAGGACUUGACCAUCGCCAACCGAUUCGUCGUCGCCCCCAUGUGCAUGUUCUCCUCGACUGACGGCUUCUUCACCGACUACCACCUCGUCCACCUCGGCUCCUUUGCUACCUUGGGCGCUGGAUUGAUCUUGGCCGAGGCCACUGCUGUCGUCCCCGAGGGACGCAUCUCCCCCUCUGACACUGGUAUCUGGAAGGACGAGCAGAUCCCUGGCUUGAAGCGCAUUGCCGACUUUAUCCAUGCCCAGGGCAGCAAGUUCGGCAUCCAGCUCGCCCAUGCUGGCAGAAAGGCAUCCGUCAAGGCAUACUACGCUGACCUGCCCGAGUCCGCCUACUGGAAGGACAACGUCGUCGGACCCAGUGGUGGAGCCGAUUUCCAAUGGGAUGCCAACCACCAUGUCCCCCGCGAGCUCUCACGUCAGGAUAUUGAGGAAACCAUCAAGGCUUUUGGAACCGCUGCUGCUCGAGCCCACAAGGCUGGUCUCGACACCGUUGAGAUCCACGGCGCUCACGGAUACUUGAUUCACCAGUUCCUUUCCCCCGUUUCCAACCACCGCACCGACAAGUACGGAGGAUCGCUCGAGAACCGUGCCCGCUUCUUGCUCGAGGUCAUCCGUGAGGUCCGCGCCAACUUCCCUGCCGAGAAGCCCGUCUUCCUCAGAGUCUCUGCCACCGAUUAUGUUGAGCACUUGGAUGGACCUUCCUGGGAGAUUGAGCAGACUGUCCAGAUUGCAAAGUGGGUCAAGGAGGCCGGUGUUGAUGUUUUCCACGUCUCGUCUGGCGGCAACUCGGCCAAGCAAGUCAUCAAUGCUGGACCCAACUACCAGGUUCCCUUUGCAGAGCGAGUCAAGAAGGAGGUCCCUGGUCUUGAGGUUGUUGCUGUUGGUUUGAUCACUGGAGGCAAGCAGGCCAAUGAGGUCCUUGAGGAGGAGAAGGCCGACUUGGUUGCCAUCGGUCGUGCCUUCUUGAGAAGCCCCAACUUUGUCCUCAAUGCUGCAUUGGAACUGAACGUCAAGGCCAAGUUCUCUGCCCAAUACGAGCGCGGUCGCAUGUAA